AAGUCCCGGAUAAGAAAUACCAGUGUUGUUGAGGUUGCUAUGGAGUGCGUAGAGCACGGGGAAAAGCUGAAGAGUGUGCUGCGAUUGGAAUCCGAUAUUGCCAAACUAAAAGAGAAAGUCGCAUUGCAAGAGACUCUAGUUGAAGCUGAGUUGAAAAGCGAAGAGAAUACAAUCUACAACAUAAAACAAGAGCAAACGAGUCAGGUGAAUCGUCUACGUCAAGAGAAAGCGGCACUACAGCAGGUUGUACAAGAGUUGCAUUCUAAGUCAGAGGUUGAAAGAGAGAGGUUGAGGUCUCAGUAUGAAGGCGAAGUAACAGAACUAAGAGAGCAGAACAAGUUGAAUGAGAAGCGAGACAUUUUACAAGCUAAAUGGAAAGAAUUGGAAGAACAAACUAAUGAGCUACAGAGAUUGUGGGAUAAUCUCAAGGAGCAGUCAGAUGAGAUAUUGGAGUCUGAAGCAUAUUUUGCAAGGAGACAAGAGAUUCUGACUCAUAAGAAGGAGGAGCUUCAGCAACAAGAGCAGGAUCUUUUGAGUAGGAAAGAAGAAGUAGCAAACGCCUUGAAAACACCGCCACGAACUGGAGGAGUUAGUGCAGUGUUGAAGCCCAAGACCGAUGAGCUUCUGACACUAAAAGAGCAGCUGCUUGCCACCCAACUACAAAAACAAAACAAAGAGCAGCUGAUCCGUCACCUCCAGCAAACGCUGUUAGUGUCGGAAAAGGAAAAUGAAGAACUGGAGGCUCUCCAUUCUCACUUUCAACAACACUUGCAGUUGGCUCUCGGUCAGAUAAACCAAUACAGAGACAGUAAGAGUUUUGGUGAUAAAAGGCCAUCUCGACAUCGAUCAGAGACAACAACCGGUGCUGUCUCAUCGAUUCCAACAACACAGCAGCAAAAAUCAUCGACUGGAAAAAGACGAUUCCGACGAGAGUCAACCAGAGAGCAGCUGAGGUCAUCGGCACUACAGGAAGACAUCAUCGAGUCGUCACAACACGAGCAUCUCAAACGAUCGAAUAGUGCACAUUCGAGUACGACAUGCUCGGUGAUGUAGGAGAAGGCAGGAGACAGGAGUACUACUGUAUAAUAGGUAGUAGUAGUAAAGUUUGCAUAUACGUAUAUAUAUAUACAUAUUAGAUUUAUUUGGCGAGCGAAGCAAGCCUCUCUCUCUCGUCAUGUUUAUUGAGGUCGAGAUAUAUUAUAUAUGUAUACAUAUC